CGGAAGUGUCCGGGGGAGCGGAGCCGGCGGGGACACCGGCGGAGAUCCUCAUGGUGAUGGCGGCGGCGGUGAAGCGGGGAGCCGGUGGCUCCGGGAACACGAGGGUGAAGCGGAGACGGGGACCCGCGCCGGAGGAUGAGUCUCCCGGGAACAGAGAGAAUAUCGUGCCAGGGCCUGUCUCCAGGGGACAAUGGAAGAACAAGGAGCGGGUUUUGAUCUUCUCCUCACGAGGGAUUAGUUACCGAGCCCGGCACCUGAUGCAGGAUCUACGCACACUGAUGCCUCACUCAAAACCCGACACCAAAAUGGAUCGAAAGGACAAGCUGUUUGUGGUUAAUGAGAUCUGUGAAAUGAAGAAUUGUAAUAAAUGCUUGUACUUUGAAGCGAAGAAGAAGCAGGACCUGUACAUGUGGAUCUCAAAUGUUCCUCAUGGGCCAUCGGCCAAGUUUUUAGUACAAAACAUUCACACCCUGGAUGAGCUGAAAUUGACCGGGAACUGUCUGAAAGGUUCAAGGCCGUUACUGUCCUUUGAUCCGACAUUUGAUAAAGAACCUCAUUAUAGACUCUUGAAGGAACUCUUCAUCCAGGUCUUUUCAACUCCUCGGUAUCACCCAAAGAGUCAGCCGUUUGUCGAUCAUAUCUUCACGUUCACCAUCACUGACAACAGGGUCUGGUUCAGGAAUUAUCAGAUUAUUGAAGAAGAUGGAGCUCUGGUUGAAAUUGGACCACGUUUUGUUCUAAACCUUAUUAAGAUUUUCCAGGGAAGUUUUGGGGGUCCAACACUCUAUGAAAAUCCCACGUACCAGUCUCCAAACAUGGUAAGAAGUACCUCUGAACACAGCGAGUAUUUCAAUCCCCCCCGCCCCCCACAAUCCAAAAGAAGCAUGGACUACAGGGGAGUUCUGAAUCCGCAUCACACCUACUGGUGAGAGAAUCAGCAGGCC